GAGAGCUCAGUGUUAGCGACCUGUCCACUGAGGAGAGACAGAGAACAAGAAGAGGGGCGGACAGAAGAAAAAGAAGAAGAGCUACCUGAGAAAAGAGCGAGACGAAAUAAGAAAGAAAGUCAUCACCAGGAAUCUGGAAAUGAGUAAAUGAUUAAAGGAGAUUUCCAGUUGAGAGUUGGCAAAUAAAAGAAAACUGGACAGAAGGAAGAAAGUGAUUCUUCAGAGAGAGAAUUUAAAGUAACCUUCUGAUCUGUCUGUGUGGAAGGACCGUCUGCAGUAUGUUCCUCCUUCUCUCCUUGUGUAUGUGUGGUCUUCUGCUGCGAGGUGACGCACAGGACCGAGCUGCUCUGUGGAGGGGGAACGACCGGAGUGGACGAUGCCAGUACACCUUCAGUGUACCCAGCCCUGUCGAGGCCAGCUGCCCACAGAUGGGAGGCCCCGAGGUGGAGAACCUAAAGGCUAGACUCAGCCUCCUGGAGGUGCUGGUGGCCCGGCUCACUGGAGGGGACACUGGGGGUCCCCAAGGGACCGGGGCCGAAGCCAGAGCUCAGUCUGGGCUUCAAGAGGCGCUGAACCGGGCCACGGGGGAGAGGAGCCUGCUGCAGGGUGAGAAAGAGCGUCUAGAGCAAGAGUUGGAGGGGCUUCAGCGCAGGAUGGAGGAGAUGAGGAGGGAGACGGAGAGGCUGAGGAACAAACCCUGUCUGCCACAGACCCCCAUCGUGCCACCAAGCCCCCCUGUGCAGGUCAGUGGCCUGACGGGACCUGCUGGGGGUUCUAAACCGAUGUCUCACCUGAUGACCAGGCCCAACAGGCAGGGAGACAGCAGCAGUCUGAGAGACUCAGAGUGGCAGUUUGGACCUGCAGGCUUCCAGGAGCUGAAGGCAGAGGUGACAGAGGUACCCGCUCCAGAUGGAUCUGAGGACAACACAGGUUGUGGGGAGUUGGUUUCAGUUGGUGAGCCGGUCACUCACAGGAAGGCUGAGAGCAUAGCAGGUAAAUAUGGGGUUUGGAUGCAGGACCCUGAGGCCGUCUCCCCUUAUGGGCCCAACAUGGUCUGGCGCAUCGACACCAUAGGCUCUGACGUCAGGCAGCUGUUUGGGUACGACGACAUGGAACAACUCUCUAAAGGUUUUCCAUCCAAGGUCCUGCUGUUGCCAGAGCUGGUGGAGAGCACUGGCGCCACUCUGUACCGAGGCUCUCUGUAUUACCAGAGACGUCGGAGCCGCUCCCUCAUCCGCUUCGACCUGGCCUCUGAGAGCAUCGCAGCCCGUCGGGACCUCCCCCACGCCGGCUUCCACGGCCAGUUCCCCUACUCCUGGGGCGGCUACACGGACAUCGACGUGUCUGUGGAUGAGCAGGGGCUGUGGGCCGUCUACUCCACCAGCAAGGCCAAAGGAGCCAUUGUGAUCUCGCAGCUGGACCCAAACAGUCUGGAGGUGAAGAGGAGCUGGGAGACCAACAUCAGGAAGAACUCUGUGGCCAACUCCUUCAUCAUCUGCGGCAAGCUGUACACCGUGGCCAGCUACACGGCACCCGACACCAUCAUCAACUACAUGUAUGACACUAAAACCAGCCAGGGGAAGUCCAUAGCCAUCCCCUUUAGGAACAAGUACCGCUACAACAGCAUGAUCGACUAUAACGUGGCUCAGAGGAAGCUGUUUGCCUGGGACAACUACCACAUGGUGUCCUAUGACCUAAGGCUGGCUCGCCAGCAGGCCAUCUAAAGUCGCCCAUGAGUGACUGGUGAAAAGUGACAUUUGCUCACCUGUUCCUGCUU